AUGGAAUAUAAUCAAGACGAACUAUCGGCACCGGUGUGGUUGAACGAUGAGUUUUUCCAGCACGUCAUACGAUCGUUUGCCCACGAUCCGACUAUUAAACUCACGGCCAAGUGUAAGCUACGACCCGGGACGAAAGCGGGUGACCAUUUUGCCAGUGUAAUGUACCGAACGACGGUACGCUACCGAUCGGAUGGGGAAGAAACAUCGCUCGAUCUGAUCAUGAAGCUCAAGCCGGUAUCGGAAGGAUUAAAGAAGGAUCUGCUGGAGGGGGAAGACUUUUUUGGCAGAGAAAUUCGCAUGUACAACGAGGUGCUUCCGGCGAUGGCUCGAGUGCUGGGCAGUAUUGGCGAGGAAUACAAUUAUCCAAGACUGGUUUACUCUUCCACUGAGCCACACACGAUCAUUAUUCUCGAGGACAUAAGCUCCAAAGGAUGGGGAAUAAAGGGGUUGAUCAAAAGUUUCGAAGAGAUGAAACCGACAAUUAAAAAUAUUGCUAAAUUCCACGCAGCAUCCGUUGUACUGGCUCAUAAUGAUCCGUCAUUUGCCUCGCAAUACAAAUGCACAAUUCCUGAUACGUUCCGUUCAAUGCAAAGCAUGACCGAUGCGUGCUUUCUAGCAUUUUCUACAUUUCUUCGCGAUACACUUGAACUCCCGGAUCUGGUGGGACCGGUUACAAAUUUUCACCAACAAAUAAACGAUCGUCUGCAGGCAGCCUACGGAACCUCAUCGAUCUGCGCGAACGUACUAAUUCACGGAGAUUUUCAUUUCAAAAAUUUACUUCACCUCCAGCCAGUGGACACCAUUGUCGACACCAUGUUUGUCGAUUAUCAGAUGUGCAGCUGGAGCUCGCAAACGGUGGAUCUUUUCUACCUGACCUACAUGAUACCGGAACAGUCGGUAAAAGAGAGCCACCGGAAUGAAAUUAUCUACAGCUACCAUACGGAGUUCAGUCGCAUACUCGAGCGCCUAAAGUAUGGCGAUCGGAUACCAUCGCUUAUGGACCUGCAAACGGAAAUGCUCCGAAAUGGUGCUCUUGAACUGUUCCACUAUAUUGUAUUUUCUGCCUUUCGCUACAUCGAUCUGUCCACGGUGGAUCCAGAGGCGUUUUUUCUCGGGCACAUUGAAAACCCUGCACUGACAAAGGAAGAGUUUCAGCGUGCUAUGAAGGGGGAAAUUAAACGGUUCCUGUACCAAGGAAUAAUCAGUUAGUGUUACAAAAGCUACGUGUUCAAUGAAUUACAUUGUAACACUAUAAUUUUUGGAUUCAAUUUCGGAAUUUUAUCUUUUCAAAGUGGCCUUUGAUCUGUAUGCUAAACUUUGGUAUCUUUAAUGCUCCCCCCUCUUUGAAACUGAUUUCGAUAUAAUAAAUAUGAAA